AUGGACGAAGAUAAUAUGACAAAAAGCGAAGAGCAGCAUCUGAGUUUGCAAAAAGCCUUGCAGCAGUGCGAGCUGGUGCAAAAUAUGAUAGACAUAAGCAUUUCCAGUUUGGAGGGUUUAAGGACCAAAUGUGCCACAUCCAACGACUUGACACAGAAAGAGAUACGUACGCUGGAGGGCAAGCUGGUGAAGUAUUUCAGUCGCCAACUGUCCGCAAAGCGCAAAGUGCCCUUACAGGAGCAGAACGUGGAACUGGAAGGCUUCCCUCAGCUGGGUCACUGGUUCCGCAUCGUCAACAUGAGGAAGGAGGUCACUGAGGAGAUCGACCGGGGCCAGUUGACCCUGGAGGAGCUGUUGGACAUGAGCGACGAGCAGGUGUGCGAGACCCUGCAGAAGUUCGGUGCCAACGUGGAGGAGUGCGCCCGCCUCAACGCCUCGCUCUCCUGCCUCCGCAGUGCCCACAAGUCAGAGCAACUUGAGGACGAGGACAAAUUGCACACUAAUGGAGGAAGCGCACUGGUCAAGCAGGACUGCUCCAUUCAGUGGCCGACGAGCGAGUCCGGGAAGGAGAACAACCCGGCGUGCCAGCCGGAGCCCAGCCAGUGGAUCCGGUUGCAGCUGGCGCAGAGCCCCAAGCUCCAGUCCAAAUACAACCAGCACCAGCACCAGCAGCAGCACCAGCAGCAGCUGUGCCACAGCCCCCAGGGCCUGGCGCCGGCCCUGACGCCCUCGUCCUCCUCGCAGGCCGACCGGCUGACGGUGGACGCUCACGCUCACGCGGGCCUCUUCCCCUCGCUGGACUCGGGCUACCGCUCGCUGCCGCCGUCGCCGCGCCAGAGGCACUUUGGGCAGACGCCGCCGCCGCGCACCCCCCUGGUGGUCAACGCCAGCAUGACGCCCCCCGGCACGCCGCCCACGCGCCGGCGGCACAAGGUGACGAAGGCCCCGGUCACGCCGCCGCCCGCCGGCCGCAAGCUCAUCCACCUGCUGCCCGGCUUCACCGCGCUGCACCGCAGCAAGUCGCACGAGUUCCAGCUGGGCAACCGCAUCGAUGACAUGCAGACGCCAAAGGCGAGGAAGAAGAACAAGCCCCUGAACCUGAAGAUCCACAGCAGCGUGGGCAGCUGUGAGAACCUGCCCACCCAGCGCUCGCCUCUCCACGCCGAGCGCUCGCUGCGCUCCUUCUUCUUCCCGUCCUACGUGCCCUCCACGCCGCCCGUCCACUCCGACGCCUCCACGCCCUCCGCCAACACUCUCUUAGUGCCUCGAUGGUCCCCACAAAUUCCUCGCCGAGACCUUGGAAACUCUAUCAAACACAGAUUUUCCACCAAAUAUUGGAUGUCUCAGACAUGUACAGUUUGCGGAAAAGGAAUGUUGUUCGGACUAAAAUGUAAAAACUGCAAGUUGAAGUGCCACAACAAGUGUACCAAAGAGGCCUCCCCAUGCCACCUGCUGAUCAUGCCUCGUGGAGGUCGGGUCUCACCGGCAGGCAGUGAUGUCUCCCUCCUCAUGCUGGCUCGAUUAGUCAGGACCGAGUCUGUACCUUGUGACAUCAACAACCCCCUCAGGUACACAGACCUGCACAUCAGCCAAACGCUCCCAAAAACCAACAAAAUCAACAAGGACCACAUCCCUGUUCCGUACCAGCCAGACUCCAGCAGUAACCCUUCCUCCACCACAUCCUCCACUCCCUCCUCGCCAGCUCCUCCUCUUCCUCCCAGCGCUACGCCUCCAUCACCUCUACACCCCUCCCCUCAGUCGGCACGGCAACAGAAACCCUCAAGCCUAACAACUUCUCAUUACUUCAAAUACAAGCCGCAGUUCAUCUUUCCUGACGUGGCUCCUGAAGUUCCCACUAGAGCACCACAAGUCAUUCUGCACCCUGUUCUGUCUGAGCCUGUUAACCCCGGAAACCCUCUCCUGCAAAUCGAAGUGGAGCCCACAUCAGACAACGAGGAAGGGAACGACGAGGCCGAUGACUCAGCAGACGAGUUUGAGGAGAUGAACCUGUCGCUGCUCUCGGCCCGCAACUUCCCGCGCAAGGGCAGCCAGACCAGCAUCUUCCUGCAGGAGUGGGACAUCCCCUUCGAGCAGCUGGAGAUCGGCGAGCUCAUCGGCAACGGGCGCUUCGGCCAGGUCUACCACGGGCGCUGGCACGGCGAGGUGGCCCUCCGCCUCAUCGACAUCGAGCGCGACAACGAGGACCAGCUCAAGGCCUUCAAGCGCGAGGUGAUGGCGUACCGCAACACGCGCCACGAGAACGUGGUGCUCUUCAUGGGCGCGUGCAUGAACCCGCCGCACCUGGCCAUCAUCACCAGUCUGUGCAAAGGGAGGACCCUCUACUCAGUGGUGAGGGAUGCCAAAGUCAUCCUCGACGUCAACAAGACCAGACAGAUCGCUCAGGAGAUGGUGAAGGGUAUGGGCUAUUUGCAUGCCAAAGGCAUCGUCCAUAAAGACAUGAAGUCCAAGAAUGUCUUCUACGACAAUGGCAAAGUGGUUAUCACUGACUUCGGCCUAUUCACAAUAUCUGGAGUACUGCAAGGUGGAAGCAGGAGACAGGACAAGCUGCGGAUCCCCAGUGGAUGGCUGUGUCACCUGGCCCCUGAGAUUGUGCGCCAGCUCUCCCCUGACACCGAGGAAGACAAGCUCCCCUUCUCCAAGCAGUCCGACGUCUUCGCUUUUGGCACUAUAUGGUACGAGCUCCACGCACGCGAGUGGCCUUUCAAGAACCAGCCGGCGGAAGUCAUCAUAUGGCAGGUCGGCUCGGGCAUAAAGCCAAACCUCACCCAGAUUGGCAUGGGCAAAGAGAUAUCGGACAUCCUGAUGUUCUGCUGGGCCAGUGAGCAGGAGGAGCGGCCCAGCUUCUCUAAGCUGGUGGAGCUGCUGGAGAAGCUUCCCAAGCGCAACCGCCGCCUCUCUCACCCCGGCCACUUCUGGAAAUCAGCUGAGUAUGUCAAAUGAGCCAGGCAUGGAGUCAGAGCUAAACACCACUACAAACUAACCAACUAAAUCAAAAGAGAGAGCACGAGAGAGCACAAGAGAGAGAGAGAGAGAGAGAGAGAGUUGUGAAAGGGAA